AUCCUGGAUUACUGAUGCCCUAAAUCCUGGAUUACUGAUACUGGUCUGCAUCAUCACCCUCACAUUAUAAUGGGAUGGAUUGUAGUUGUGCCCUUCCCAUUGACUCCAGACCUUUACUGGCCUUACUUUCAGUGGCCUGUUCUUGAGUCCCCACCCCAAUCACAACUUAGGCUGUCCCAGCUGCUCUUUUCCCCUAGUUGGUGAUGGCCAGCCUCACACUGUAGCAGUUUCUGGAAGUCUUUUUCUGUUCUUAAAAACCUCUUUCUGCAAACCAUUUUCCGGCCAGAAGCUUCCGGUGGGUGUCCAUUUACUGGAUGUAUUGUCUUUCCCUUUCCAGGAAUGUGUUCCACGCUUCUAUACCAGCAAGUGAACUCUUACUUGCCCGUUUGAAAACUUUUUCGUUGGAUACAAAGUGGAUAAUACACGCCCCGGCCACAUUACUUCUCUGCCUAUCCCGCUGAAAGCAACUUAAUCUGCUUCAUGUUUGCCAUGUGAAGCUCGAGAUUCUGAAAAUUUACCGAUUUUCUGCAAGAGUCCAAUUCAGAAAAUGAGCCCACAGGCUCUGACUCCCCAGGAGCAAAAGAAUCAUGUGAAGGAGGAAGAAUUUACAGGAUUUGGUAACACUAUUUAUGAGGACACAUUUGAUUGAAGACUGAGAUUUCUGGACAGAAAUUUAGAGCAGAUCUGGAAGACACCAAGACAGAGCCUCCCUGUUGCCAGCUGUUUUCAGAAAAGUGGAGAAAAUGACCCAGGCCCAGGAAUCCUUGACAUUUGACGAUGUGGCUGUGGACUUCACCUGGGAGGAGUGGCAGCUCCUGGCCCCUGCUCAGAAGGACCUGUACCGGCACGUGAUGUUGGAGAACUACAGCAACCUGGUGUCACUGGGAACAGGUUAUCAAGCCAGCAGACCAGACACACUCUCCAAGGUGGAUCAAGUAGAACCUUCAUGGACAAUGGGAGAUGAAAUCCACUGUGGAACCCAUUCAGAAAUUUGGAAACUUGAUGAUCAUCUACUGAAGCACUUAAAAAAUGAAAGCAUGGAGAAGAGCCUAGAACAAUGGCAUGAAUAUAACACAUUUGAAAAUUCUGGUCAUCGGAGCAGAACUCAUUUUGUGUUAAGGCAAAAUCAGGACAUGCUGGACUUAGAUGGAAAAAGUAUGAAAUCACAUUUAAAUUUACUUAACCAGAGCAGAAGCUAUGAAAUAAAGAACCCUGCUGAACUUACUGGAAAUGGGAAAUCCUUUUUCCAUACUAACAGUGAAAAAUUUCAUACUGAAAUUAAACUCCCUGAAAGCCAAAAACUGAUCAGCACUAAGUCUAAAGUCAUUAAGCAUCAGAAAACUCAAAAAAUAAGGAAACCUCAUGUAUGCAGUGAAUGUGGGAAAGCCUUUAUCAAGAAGUCUUGGCUCACUGAUCACCAGAAUCUCCAUACAGGAGAGAAACCCCAUCAAUGUAGUCUGUGUGGGAAAGCAUUCUCCAGAAGGUUCAUGCUCACUGAACACCAGAGAACACAUACAGGAGAAAAACCUUACGUAUGCCCCGAAUGUGGCAAAGCCUUUCUCAAGAAAUCACGGCUUAACGUACAUCAGAAAACACAUACAGGAGAGAAACCCUUUAUGUGUGGUGAAUGUGGGAAAGGUUUCAUACAGAAGGGAAAUCUCAUGGUACAUCUACGGAUUCAUACAGGUGAGAAACCUUACAUAUGCAAUGAAUGUGGAAAAGGCUUCAGCCAAAAGACAUGCCUCACAGCACAUCAGAGAUUUCACACAGGAAAGACUCCCUUUGUGUGUGGUGAAUGUGGAAAAUCCUGUUCCCAGAAGACAGGUCUCAUUAAACAUCAAAGAACUCACACAGGAGAGAAACCUUUCGAAUGCAGUGAAUGCGGGAAAGGCUUUAUCGGGAAGUCACAGCUCGUUAUACAUCAGAGGACUCACACAGGAGAGAAACCCUAUGGAUGCAAUGAAUGUGGGAAAUCAUUCAGAGGGAAGUCAGUUCUCAAUAAACAUCAGAAAAUUCAUUCAGUCAAGGUGGACAGUCCUCCCUCAGAGAGUCACAGAUCAUCACAGACCAGUGUUGUCCUGCAGGAGAAAACUGUUGUUAAUAUGGUGACUAGGCAAGUGCCUUCUGUGGCCCCUCAGACAUCAGUCAACAUCAGUGGGCUCCUAGCAGAUAGGAAUGUAGUCAUAGUGGGACAGCCUGUGGCCAGAUGUGCCCCCUCAGAAGGUAACACAGGGUUUGCACAGGAGAGAUAUCUUAUGAAUGCAGUGAAUGUGGUUGUGCCUUCAGUGAUCAAUUAUAUCUUAUUUUAUGUCACAGAAAACCAGUAGAAAAAACUCAGGGACAUUCUAUAUGGAAAAGGGUUGAGCAAAAAUUUCUAGCUCAUAUUAUGGCUGAAAAGUAUAUACUGAGAGAAACUAUAAAUACCAGGACUGGGAAAGCCUGAUAUCCUCAUCCUAUUCAGGAUAUUCAUUGAUACAGAGGCAUAAUCUGAUGUUAACCCAAACACAUUACAUCAACUGCUCUAUUGUGUCAGUUAAAUGAUGAAGGAAGCCUGAGUUCAACCAAGUGGAGGAAAUAAGUGAAUCUUUAAAACAUAUAAGAUAAUUUAUAUCUGGAAUGUUGCUAUGAAUGAAAAACCAGAAAGGGGCUAAUAUUGGAUUGGUGGGAUGGAAGGCAUGUAUAUGUCAAUUCAAUUUCCCCAGGCCAGGGUGAAGGAUUAAUUGAAAACUGGAUGUCUAUCAUAAACUCGUAGAGGUUUAUAUUAUGCAGGGGCACUUACGAAACAACAGCCUUAGAUUGAGUCAAUUAGUUCAUUUACUGAGUACUUGUCAGAUACUUCCUUUAUACCUGGUUCUGUUCCAGGAGCUGAGGAUAGAGUGGUGAUCAAAACAGAAAAAGCCCAUCAUCUCCUGGAGAGAGCACUGAGGUAGUUGGAUUAUCAUUAAGUGGUAUCUCCACACUCCAACUAAUCUAGUGAGAGGAUGUAAAUAUCUACAUUAAGUGAAAUGGACAUGGAGCAAUUGGUUCAAGGGAAUAUGACAGUUUAUUGUUAAAGGCGCAUAUUAUUUUGCAGGAGUUGAGGAAGGACUCUUCUUAAUGGUAGUUAAGCACCACAGAACACAAAUAAGUUAUCUUUUAAAUGCCUGUUUCUUACGUCCACCAGGAGAUUAUAAAUUCCCUGAUUUUAGUCACUUUACUUAAAUUUUAAUGUUUAAAAAAAUUGAAAACCAAUAAGAAGACAACUUAGUCCCUCAGUGACACUAGGCACAUUUCAAGUACUCAGCAGUCAGAUGUGACUUGUGGCUACAGAAUUGGACAGCACAGACAGUGAGCAAAACGGUGAGACAAUGAGAGAGAUCUCUAUCAUCAUUUCCUUUAUACCAGAAAGUUAUAUUGGAGAGUGCUGGUUUCCAUGAUUUUAUAUUUUCUAGCACAUAGAAAAAACCCCUAAUUAUAUAUAGAUUUGGAAAGUGAAUGAAUGAACUAAUGGGCUAAUCAAAAUGUAUUUUGUCAUUGAAGGGAAAGACAGUUCUAAAGAACAGACUGUCACCUGAAACAGUUUUCCUUUGGGAUCAGAGAGACUUAAUAACUGAUCAUAAAGGCACAAAGCAGAAAAGGAAAAUGAUUCCUAGAAUAAAGAAAACAAAAAGCAAGAUGAGACCCUCUGGAGAGUACAGGAAGUGGGAGGAGGUGAGAUCUUUUCAGAACGUCUUGGAGUUGAAUCCUUAAAUUUGUUCACAGGCUUAUCACCUGUGAAAGUUGCCAUUUAAAGAUCCCAGCUCCUCUGUGACCUGCUGAAUUGAGACAUGUGACUUUUCCUAUCCCCCUCCUUCCUUCCCACUAUCUUGGGAGUGGGGUCUGCCUUCUCCUUUAUCCAAAGUUCUUUCCUGUGAUCGAUGCCAUGAGGAUAUGAUAUCCCAGUUACAAACAGUGAGUCCUACGCAUAGGAAAAGAAAUGGACAUUUGCUAUGCUGUGGCUGUCUCAGAAUUCAACUGAAAUCCUGGGUUUGGGUAAUUUACUCCUCUAGAAAUAUUUUAAAGUAUCAUCACUGUGCCAGGCACUGAAUUACACAGUGAGGAUACAUCAGUGAACAAAACAGGCAAAGGAACAGCUUUGUGGACCUUACAAUCUAGUGAGGGAGAGAGACAGUAAAUGGAUUACAAAAUGUCAGGAAGUGAUAAGUCCUAUGAAGAAAAAUAAGGCCUAGCAAUAGACAGUAAUUUAUAGUAAUCUGUAGGUAGUAAUGAGGGAGAUUCCCCCUCCCAGGGGGAAGGCUUUUCUGGAUAGAUAAAAUGUUAGCUAAGCCUGAAGUACUGAGGGGAAUCACCCAUCAUAAUAUUUGUAAUCAGAGAACAUUCCAGGACUGUUUCUAAUGAGACAGGCUUCCUGCCCAGAACUCUGGGGCUGGAGUCCAGGACUCUGCUUUUUUAACGAGGGCCUGAUGCACACCUAAUUUUGAACCUACAUCCCCAACACCACCCUCACAUUAUAAUGAUAUGGAUUCACGGCAGAUACUCUCCAGCAAAGAGUCAGUCAUGAGUGUUCCACUAACCAGACCCUCAGAUCCCCUCCAAUUUUUGUCCUGUGACUCUCCCUUCUGGCCAUGGCAAGGUCAGGUCAGUUCACUCAUGGAACUGCUCAGUCAGGGCCCCAGGAUGGGCUAGCCAGGCUGCCCUGAGCCCUGAGUGCCACAUGCUGAGCUCACCUUUCAGAGCUUGGCAUCCCCAGGUGAAGGAGGCCCAGUGCACACCUAAGCCUGCUACCAGACACAGGUUCUUUAUGGUUUGAAUAAAGAUCACCUUCACCUUGAACAGUGGUUAGAAGUAGGUCCUAAAGUCAUACUGUCUGAUUUGAAUCCUGCCCUCCCAGCCCAAGCUAUGUGCCUUUGAGCAAGUUACUUAACUCACCUAUGUCUCAGUUUAUCUGUAAAAUAUCUGCCUUAUAGGUUUGUUGUGAGAAGUAGAUGUAGUUAGAACAGUGCCUGCCAACAGGCAAUUAAUAAAAGUCCUAGUGAGGGAGGAAUCCCUCUUUCCUCCCAUCUUCUAGGUCUCUCCUUCAUCCUUCAUCAUCGAUGAUCACUUCUUCAGUGAAGCUUUCCCUCACUAGGCCAGGUUCCCCGAUUUCUGGCCCUCCAUAGAACCAUGUUCCUCUCCUUUUAAGCACUUUAUUGACUUGUAGUUUUAUAUUUCCUGGAUUUAGAUGUGUAUUCCCCCUCUGGAUUUGACUGAAAUUGUUUGAAUAGGUCACAUAGGCACAUGGUUCAAAACUUGGAACUAUAUAAAAAGGUACAUUUAUGAGUCUCACCCUGUUCUCAGUCCCAGUUUUCCCUUGACCUUCUGCCUCCUACAGGUAAACUUGUUUAUUGUAACUCCUUCCAGUGUUUCUUUGUGUCAAUACAAGCAAGUAGAUACUUUUUGUCCCUUUUCUUUUCAAAAAGCAGCACACUAUAUACACUCUCUUGCACCUCUGCUGUAUUUAAUUAUCACUGAGCAGCAGCAUAGCACCUUGCAGGGAAUUGAGAAAAAGAAGACUAUCCUGUAAGCCAAAUUCAGGUACUCAUUUAACAGUCCAUUAUUGAAGCUUUCUGUUCAAGUUUUUGUUCUGAACGCUGGGGAUACAAAAAUAUUACCGAAUUUCUGUCUGAGGACCUCAUAGUCCAUUUUGGAGGGCACUCAACUCAGCAGAUUAUGAUGGUUUAGCAAGACAAAUGAUCUUCAAUCAUCCCUGUAUGGAGAUGCUUCUCUAUUUUCUCUAUUGGAUGCCUUCUUUACUUCCUAUCCUUAGCACUGCUUAUUAUAGUUGCAAUUUUAUAUUUAAGUAUUGUAUUAAUGUAAUUGAGACUGACCUGGAAGGUGUCCCAGAAUACUAUCUGAAGAAGUGACCUCUAAAAUGACUCAUGAAAGAACAGCUAUAGCAUCUAAUAUCCUCUCAUUGCUUCCUUGUGCCAAGCACUUCAAAGAAGGGAGAGUAUUUGCAAAUUCCUGCUAGUAUAUGAGACCACAAGGCAUUUGGAAAGGGCAGAAUAAUGGAAGAUGAUAAGGGAGAAACUUUGGUGUUUGUUUACAGCCUUAAAAGCAUUCUCUUGAGAUCUUGUUUUAGCCUGUAAUUAAUAAACUAAUUCAGGGUUUUAUGGAGGGUAUGAUAAAUAAAGAUGGUUGUGGUAUAGAAAAAAUGGUGGUUGGUGAGCCACCUACUUGUAGGGACCAGUGAGGUGGCAUAUUCAGUGGUAAUUCAAACAAAUGGACUAAAGCAAUGAGGAUGGUUAGAGGGAGUGGUUCAGGAGUUAUUUUUGAGACAGCAUUAACAGGAAUUGGUGGCCAGUGUGAUGAGGACACACAGAUUAUGUUUUGGGUGCAGCCUCUGACCUUUUCACGUCAACCUCCAGUAACCUACAAUCCUGAUAACUCUCACAUCUCCAUUCUUGAUUUAUUGUGUAAUAGUGACUGCUAGGUGAGAAACAGAAUAAGGGGAAAGUCAGUCUGGAGGGGAGAAGGACUUCUAUUUUAGAGUUGCUGAGUUUGAGGAGCUGUGGGAGCGGAGAAGGCUCUGUUUUGAUGCUAUGUUAAUAAAAUCUUUUAAUUAGAAUUUAGUGGAUACAUACUUAGUGAAGAUUCUCUCGAUCUCCAAGCCCAAACCCCAAAUAUAAUCAA